AUGGAUGAUUCACCCUCCAAACCACGACAGCUCCGGCCACUCGCCUUGUAUCUCAAUCCAAAUGCCACUUCCAGUCAAGCAGUUGCUACCUCAUCCACCUAUGGAAGUUGUAUAGCUCGUCUUUCACCGCCAAUGAUAUGCGCCAACGAUGAACGUUGGUACGCUCUCUGCUCUUCCUGGAUCCCUCAAAAUGCCACCUUUACGAGGCUAUGGCCAUGGAGGAUCGAGCCAUUAGCCCUGUCACCACCACCUGCUGCUGUAUUCUCGAUGAUAAGCAGCAAGAACCAAUGCCUUGUACUGGGAACUGCCCUCCUGGCCAUGCUCGCCACCUGUGCAAAUGUCUCUCACCUUCCCAUCCCACGGGGGCACGAUGGGUCCCAGAAGACGAGCGAAAAACGAUAUCGCCGCAUCUUACCGUGGCUGGGUGCGCUUUACGCCAUGUAUAUCAUCGACCGUAGCAAUUUAGGACUGGCCAGGAUCGCUGGGAUGGAACAAGACCUGCAACUCAGAGUCUCAAGUAGAUAUAGCUUGGUAUCUGGCGUCUACUUCAUUCCAAACAUAGUUCUACUUGCGGCAUUUUACGUCUUCUCCAGUGCCAUGACCGCUUGCGGUGCUCCAAUGGCAUACAUUUCGUCGCGUCUAAAUGGUAAACUCGGCGUCCCAGGCUGGUCCUGGAUCUUUAUUCUGGAAGGAACAUUGACUAUGGUGCUUGGACUUAUCGGAUGGAUGUUUCAACCUGGCACCCCCGACCACAACCAAUUUCUGAGCAAGGAACACUCUCAACUCAUCCUCGAGCGGAUUGAAUUAGAUCGGAACGACUCUGCGCAGGGUUCAUCUUCGAAGAUGAAGCUUCUGUCACCGUUAUUGGAUUGGAAACUCUGGGCCUUUGGAUGGAUGUAUUUCUGUGCCACAGUUCCUGGCUUCGCCAUCGGGUAA